UAUGUUCUGAGGUUUGUGAACGUAUCGAGGGAGCCGAACCUGACAGGAAAACCACCUGGGUCUCUGUCCUCAGACUGGCCUCCAUCGGACUUGGAGGCUGUUCGGUCCCGGGUCAGCUGUGUUCACACUGUGCUCAGUUAGCACAUCAGCUAUCUGCUACGAAGUCUACAAUGCUGUCCAGUGAUGGACUGUCCUUCAUCAGUGUUUUAAUGUGUCUGAUACUGACCUUUGAAGUUUGCGUUGCAGAGCAGUCAGAGUUGAUUUGUUCACAUCAACCAAUCGUAGCCCUGGCUGGUGAUGAUGUCAUUCUACCAUGUUACCUUGAUCCUCCAAUCAGUGCCAGUUCUGAGACAGUGGAGUGGACCAGACCUGGUUUAGACCCAAAGUACAUCCAUGUUCACCAAGAUGGCCAACCUGUGUAUCUAUUUCAAAAUCCAUCUUACAAUAACAGAACGAGACUGUUUGUGGAUGAACUGCAGAAUGGAAACGUCUCCAUGAAAAUCUUCAAAGUGAAAAUCUCUGAUGCAGGAAAAUACUUUUGCAUCCUUGAAUCAAUGUUGAAGAAAGCUUCCAUCCAACUCACUGUUGGUGUCGUCUCCACUCCCAUCAUAGAGGUUGUCUCCAAUAACAGUAGAAGUGUAGUUUUACAGUGUGAGUCUAAAGGCUGGUAUCCAGAGCCUGAGGUGGUCUGGCUGGACGGUGAGGGAAACCUCCUCUCUGCUGGACCUACAGAGACAGUCAGAGGUCCUGAUGACCUCUAUACUGUCAGCAGCAGAGUGACUGUGGAGAAGAGACACAGCAACAACUUCAUCUGUAGAGUCCAACAGAAGGACAUCAACCAGACCAGAGAGACACACAUCUAUGUUCCAGUUCAGUCUCCUAUUUAUUUGAUUUUUUGGAUCAUCUUCAUUCCUCUUUGCAUUAUUGUGCUGCUCAUUUUCAACAUGCUGAUAAAAUACACAAAGAAGAUCCAGAUGACUUUAAUUAAACUGGAAGGAGAUGUAACACAUGUUGUGAAACAGUCAAUGUUAAUGGUUGAAGUAAAGCCAAAGGUCCAGAAGCAUAAUGUAAAUAUGAAUGCAGUGCAGCUCCAGCUCUUAGUGGAGGGAAAUCAGCAACAAGAGGACCAGAGAGAGCAACUGAACAGAGUUCAGAGAUCACAGACAGAGGAAACAUCAGGAGCAGGAAAUAACACUGGAGACACUUUAAAACACAGAGAGACGCAGCGUUGAACGACGUGGACUAAAAACCUCCUGUAGUGACCGAGAACGAGGAGGAAAUCAUUGUGACACUGGAGGAUAUUCUCCAUCUUUUCCUGCUCUACCAUCACACUGACAGAGAAUGAUGAUGUUGUUUGUCUUCCUAGUGUUGCAUGUUUUGCAUUAUAAAGGUAAUCUGGUUUUAAGAAUAACAAUCUAACUUUGUCUUUAUAAGAUAUUACAGAAAAUAUUCAGCUUGAUUUAACCAGUAGCAACAAUAGUUUGAAUAAUAUCCCAGCAGAGGAACCAGAUUAUUGUCUUUAUUUUAAGAGUAAGACCAUUUGAACAACUUCUCACUUUAAGAGAAAGUCGAUUGGUCCCAGUGUUGGAAAUGAAGCAGCUGUUUAAAUUUCAUUGUUUUAAUAAAAACUAAUAAAAAUAAGAAUAUUUCUGGUUCCUUCAUUUAAGACAAAGUCACUUAUUUGUAUUUUGCUGUUUGAAGAAAUCCUGUUUUAUUGUAACAUUUGUUUUUGCUAAUUAUCAAUUAAUUCUUGAAUUCAAAUUCAAAUACUUAUUUUGAGAAAGUCUGUUUUAAAUAACUGAGUUUUUUUUGCUUAUAAUAAACCUGCUGUAGGUCCAUUACAGUCUGUAUAAAUGAGCUGACUUGUGCAUUCAAAUAGUUAAAGUGUGGGAGACCAAACCUCCCUCUGUUUAACCCCUGAUGAGGGUUGAAUCAAUGAAAGGUCCAGUGUGUAACAUUGAGGAGGAUCUACUGGCACAAAUGGAAGAUAAUAACUAUGUUUUCAUUAGUGUAUAAUCACCUGAAAAUAAGAAUCAAACCAACAUUCAGGCUCUAAAAUACAGGAGGUUUUACAUUUUAUAUUUAUCAGAGAUUCUGACAUCAAAGUUUGAAUCUAAAGUGAUUUUGUUUGUUCUGUACAGUCGACAUCUAUUGCUGUCUGUCCGUCUGUCCUGGGAGAAGGAUCCCUCCUCUAUGGAUCCUUCUGAGAUUGCUUCCAUUUUCUCCUGUUAAAAUGUUUUUUGAGGUGUUUUUCCUUAUAUUACUUGAACUGAGGGUCUAAGGCAGGACUACCAAAAUAAAACUUGUGCUAUAAGAUGCAAAAUGGUAA